AAUCUGUUUGUUUUGAUUCUUUGAGCUCUUCAAGUAUUUGACAAAUUCAUAAAAUAUCAGUUGAAGUACACAUCACCGAUAGUGUCUUAUGCAAGAAAUAGGUUCCUUUAUUUUCUGAUACAAUGUAACACAUGAAGAUGGCCGUUAAUUAUAUUUCCAAGUAACGAAAAAAGCGCGCCCAAACUUAUCAUACAAUUCAGUAGGACCGCUCGGUAUUGUAUAGGCCAAAAUUCCAAACCAAUGGUGUGUUUUUUCACGCAAUAAGCCACAUUAAUCGUAUUGUUUUGUUUUGUCGGCCGAUUUUAUCCGUAUAUGUUUACGUAUAUACCGUUUAAUUUGGGCUAAAGUACACAUAAUGGCUUUUCUGUACAUACUGGGCUGGAUUUCCCUGGGCAUACAGAUCGUAUUCCUAACACUAUCCAUUGUGGCUGGGCUGUAUUAUCUGGCGGAAUUGGCAGAGGAGUACACAACUGCGGCAAGGAAGUGCAUCCUCUUCCUGAUCAGCUUUACGAUCUUCAUUUACAUCCUGCUGAUGCUCUUUGAGGACCUGCCGUGGAGCCUGAUAAUAUGUGGAUUUGUGGCUCAGGGCUUCCACUUGGGGAUCAUGGGAGGAUUUCCCUUCGUACGAAUGCUUUCACUUCCGCUCCUGGGAUCUUUGGCAAUGCUGGUUGUCAAUCACUUCCUGGCCUUCCAGUAUUUCACCACCGUUUAUGUGCCUUUUACGCAGGUGCUAGCAUACUUCACCAUCUGCAUGUGGAUCGUGCCCUUCGCCCUGUUUGUAUCACUAAGUGCAAAUGAUAGCGUCCUGCCCACCACCGUCAGCGACCAGAGCCGGCGCAGUCCGGAUGUGGUCAGCAAUUACUUUUCGCGGAACAAGAAGCAGGGCCUGCUAUCCCUUUUCCAGUAUUUGAAAGAGGCCCUGCUGCCUGGACGGACCAAGAAGGCCUUCUAGAUGUAUAUUGUUUAUUUAAUGUUUAUUUAUUUUUGUAGCCGAAAUCGAGACAAAAGUAUACUAAGCGUAUGUAAACUACGUUUAUGCAAUGACA